GGCGUGUAUAAAUCAGAGUGAGGGCAAGCCGGAGAGGCCACACACUAGAGCACGAAGAUGUCUCUUCCUUAUCUCCUCCUCCAAUCCUCUCCACCUAUAGCCUUCGACCAACAUGAGCGAGCGAGGUAGCAAUGGAAUUGGGGGAUGAACAUGACGCGGGCUCCAAGAACAACCACCAGCAGCACCAGUGCCAGAAGCACGACCACCGCUACACGACGCUCUAGAUUCAAACACUUGUGGUCAUUCAACGAAUGUCCCCACCCCACCAACGAGAUGCAGCACCCCGAUCUCAGUCGUGACCACGGUCUAGAGGCCCGUCAAAUUAAGUUUUGGUUCCAGAACCAGUGGAUCAGGCGCAACAUGACGGGUAGGACAACAGCUUCCUUCACGUGGAGAACCACAAGAUCCUGUGCCAGAACAUCGUCUUGCGCAAGAUGCUCAGGAACGUCAUGUUCCCCAACUGUGGUGGCCCACCCCUUGUCAAGGACGACUUCGACGAGAAAAAACUGCUCAUGGAGAAACCUCGUCUCAAGGAUGAGCUCGACCGCGUCCCCGUACACACCUACAAGUCCCUCGACCGCCCGUUCAUGCAGAUAUCGUAGGGCAGGCCACAAAUGUUUGUCUCCCCGCUGGACAUGUCCAUGGGUGGCUAAUCGAUGUACGAUGUACCAAUGGGCAUGCACCCCCAGCUGUUAUGCGACAGCACAUAACGGUUGGUGUUGCACGUGCAUUGAUAAGCCAACAAUCGAUAGGUCCAGUGAGGAGACAUACAUCUGUGGCAUGCCCAGUGGCAUAGGCAUGAAUGGGUGGUCGAGGGACUUGGAGGUGAGGCCAGUAACAUGGCUAAGGUCCUCCUUUAGCCGGGCGUUCUCCAUGCGCAGCUUCUGCUCGUCAAAGUAGUCCUUGACAACGGGUGGGCCAUUAUAGUUGAGGCAGAUGAAGUUCUUGAGUGCCUCGCACAUGUCGAUGUUUUGCCACCGGAUCUUGUUUCUCUCCACGUGGAGAAAGCAGCAGUCCUGCCACUCGUGUUGCCCUGCCAUGCGAACACAACAAACACCGGGCAUCCAGAUUCCAUUAUGUUUAGGAACUAGUUGAAAACGAGACUAUGUAAAAAUAAUAAUAGAAACUUAGGACAAUCAAGAGAUUCAGUCCAUGGCACACACCUUCAUUCACUUAUGUUGGUUCAAGAACCAGAACUUAAUCUAGUGGGCCUCUAGAUCAAGUUCCCGACCGAGAAUAGCAAGCUACAUCUCAUCGGGUUGCGGACAUGCAUUUAAUGACUUGCGAAGAGAAAGACGCCAUUAUUUGUCUAUUGAUCUCGAGCGGUAUAAGAUUUAUAUGAGAAAGUAGAACAUUAAGGCGGGAAGAAAUGGAGUAUAUGUUUAAGAGUACUAGCCGUCAACCUGUGCGACUGCACGGGCUAGUAAUUUCGAUGAUAGAUUGGGGUGCCCUGGGCCUCUCCAAGCUAAGGGUAUAGUUGCUCCUUAUUACUUCAUCCAUCGUAAUCUCACCUAAAACAUGAAAACUUCAGCACACAAAACUCAACAGAAACUUCGUGAGAUCCGUUAGUAUAAUAAUAAGAUCAAACACCUUAAGUAAUAUUACAAAUACGUUCAUGCAUGUUCUGCAUAAUACCUAGUGUAUUCUAAAUCCUCCAUGACUUAUACCAUCCGAUACAAUUCAUAGAAUCAUUAAAACAAGCACAUUAUGCAACAAAAAUAGUGUUGAUUUUAAUCUUCACAACUCAUCUUGAUCAUAAAGGAUCUCUUCUAUAGGUAGAUAUUCUCAGUGUAUCCUAUA